ACCACAGGAAGAACCUGCGAGUUCCGAAGGUGCAAGAGAAGAUAGACAAGAAAUGUCUGGAUUCACGAAAGAAGAGUAGAACAAAGAAACGCCAUUCCAGUGAUCCUAUUGACGCACAACUGUUGAGCAAAAGUGAUGAAGGCUCGCUUGAAAUGGAAAGGCUGGACCAGAUGUUGCAUUGUUUAGGAACUUCGUAGCUUUGAAUUCGAAUUCCAUGGCAUCGCAUGGAGGUCCAGCUUGGAUUGGAGCUGUGGUGUCAGUGGCUGUGUUGUUCGUCCCCCUGGCUUUCCCAUCGCUCACACGUACCGCGAGAAAAAUUCUUAAACCUCGAAGAUGUGAUCGCUGUCGUGGAGUCGGAAAUAACCUUUGUCGACUAUGCAAAGGUCGAGGCAAGCAAGGGGGUGUCUUCACGGGCUUGCCACUGGUGAAGUGUAGACUAUGCGGAGGGAGAGGGAGGCAAAAGUGUAAACCAUGCGAAGCGACUGGCCUGGCGAAUCACUGGCUGUAUAGCCCCGUGUCGGAUGGAGGUUGGGGACCCAGAGGCUCGUAGAAAAGUAUAGUCCUCUUGUUAAACGAAUACUUAGAAGAUAUUCAGCCAGUUGAUACAGAGCAGAAAAUGUAUCAAGUGGACUGAACCCAAAAUUUUCCCCUGAAGUCGUUUGAUCAGCACAAGCUCUUUACUCUGUAACGUAAGUAGAGUCGUCCAUUGAUCUUGCCGAAGAAAAGUUUUGAAUCUCAUAAAAGAUGUACAGAUAUGCAAACUUUGAGCUGAACCUUUGGUAGCCCUGAUCCGUGCUCGCCAAUCUCUCCGUCGAGUUGUUGAAUUAUUGCAGUAUCUUUUGUUGGUAACAUGGACUCAAAUUUCACCGCUUCCUUCCUGUUCGGAUGUGAGACUUUCCUGGUAUGAUUGAUCUACGCAGUCCGUGUUGCCCACUGAAGAGGAGUCUUUGCAGUUGGAACUGUCACUGGAGGUGCUUGCUACGUACUUCCAGUGGUCAACUGAUAUUGGUGACAUGACGGAGCUGGAUAUGUCACCUGAGCUGCUCGCUUCCUGCGACUGCUCUUUUAAUGUGGAUGUUGAUCCUGGUGAUGUCUCCGGGUUGAAGAACAUCUCUGCAAUCUCCUCUCCGACGCGGA